CGUCGGACCGGGGGACCGGCCGGAAGUGACGCAACGGGGGAACGCGGUUGGGGUGGGCACCGGAAGUGGCGGCGGCCGCAUGGUGGCGGAGGGCGGCGGGGAGAUGGGGAGGCCCAGCAAGACCAAGAACCAGAAGAAGGAGCGGGCGGCGGCGGUGCAGCAGGCGCAGCAGGAUUUCGGCACCGUCCCCCACUCCUUCGUCUUCCACCGCGGCCGCGUGGGCAAAAACGUGCGCCAGCUCAUCCUGGACGUGCGCAAGGUGAUGGAGCCUUACACAGCCCGGGCCCUCAAGGUGCGGAAAAAAAACUCGAUGAAGGAUUUCGUGGCCGUGGCCGGGCCGCUGGGGGUGACGCAUUUUUUGGUCUUCAGCAAAUCGACCUCCAGCAUCAACUUCAAGCUGUUUCGGCUGCCCGGGGGCCCGACGUUGACGUUCAAAGUGAUGCAGUACUCGCUGAUCAAGGACGUGGUCUCGUCCCUCAAACGGCACCGCAUGCACGAGCAGCAAUUCACCCAGCACCCGCUCCUGGUGCUCAGCAACUUCGGCCUCCAGCAGAUCCACGUCAAGCUGAUGGCCAGCAUGUUCCAGAACAUGUUUCCCUCCAUCAACGUCCACAAGGUCAACCUCAACAACAUCAAGAGGUGUUUGCUCAUCAGCUACGACGCCGAGACGCAGCUCCUGGAUUUCCGACACUACAGCGUGAAGGUGGUGCCCGUGGGCGUGAGCAAGGGCCUGAAGAAGCUGCUGCAGGAGAAAUUCCCCAACAUGAGCCGCUUGGAGGACAUCAGCGAGCUGCUGGUGAAAGACAUCAACCUGUCGGAGAGCGAGGCCGAGCAGGACGGGACCCACAACAUCCUGGAGCUGCCUCAAGCCUACGCCGGCCGGGGGAAUAUGAAGGCUCAGCAGAGCGCCGUGCGCCUCACCGAGAUCGGGCCCCGCAUGACGCUGCAGCUCGUGAAGGUGGAGGAGGGCUUGGCGCAGGGCAACGUGCUCUUCCACAGCUUCAUUCACAAAACGGAGGAGGAGGUGCAGGAGAUCCUGGCGAGGAAGGAGGCGAAGCUGAAGCUGAAGACGGAGCGGCGGCAGCAGCAGGAGGCGGCCGUGGAGCGCAAGAGGCAGCAGCGGGAGGCUCACCGGGAGAAGAGCCUGGCGGGGAUCCGGAGGAAACGGCAGCAGGACGGCGACAGCGACGCCGAGGACCCCGGGGCGCCGGAGCAGCAGGAUCCGGCCGGGCAGUCGGACGAGAGCGACGCCGAAUAUUAUCGGCAGGAGCUGGGCCAGGAGCCCGACGAAGAUCUCUUUCCCAACCGCGCCAAGAGGCCGCGAGGCCCCUCGGGCUCUGCCGUGCCGCGGAAACGCCGGCGGCGCAGCCAGCAGGAGCAGCCUGGAGCCCCAAAAUCUCGUCCGGUGGCACAAAAAAAGGGCCCAGCGCGGACGGACUCCAAGCCCCAAGGAGCAGCCGGGCGAAAAGCGGGACGAGGAAGCGAGCGGCCGGCCCGGGAGGGACAGAAGCACGGCCCCAAGAGGCGAGGGAAGCUGCUGGCCAGGGGAAAAAUCAUUUUCAGGCGGCCCGGGCACGGCAAGAAGGGGAAGCGCGUGGGACGAGUUUUGGGGCUGCGGGGGACAAAGCACAGCCCCCUACUCAGUCCUUGGGGUGCUCAGCGGGACAGGGGGACGCAUCCUGCCGCCGGAAAACCCCAAAGGGGCUCGCUAAUCCUCCCCAAUCUGCCUCCAACCACCCCACACCGCGUCAGCGACCCUAAAACCACCCCCGGGAUGGCCAACGCCACCUCGGGCAGCCCCUGCUCCAACUUCAGCCGCUCGCAGGAGGCGCUGUGGCCGGUGCUGGCCGCCCAAUUCCCCCUGGCCCUACUGGGCAACGCCUUGGCCGUGUUCCGCCUGGCCCGUGAGCGCCCGUGGCCAGCACCCGUGGUUUAUUCCUUCCACCUCUCCGUCAGCGGCGCCCUCUACUCGCUCUCUCUGCCCGCCUUGGCAGUUUAUUACCGGCCUCCCAAACACUGGAGCUACGGCGCGACGCUCUGCAAGCUCGAACGUUUCCUCUUCAACUGCAACCUCUACGGCAGCACCUUUUUCGUCGCCUGCAUCAGCCUCAACCGCUACCUGGGCAUCGUUUACCCGCUGCGGCUCCACGGGCGGCUGCGUUCCCGGCACGCCCAGGCGCUGAGCGCGGCCGUCUGGGUGCUGGCCGCGGGGCUUUCGGCCCCCACGUUGUUUUUUUCGGAGCUGCAGGAGGAGGAGGGGACGGUGGAGUGUUUGGGGAGCGCGGCGCGGGAGCGCCUGCCCCGUUUCAUCCCCUACAGCCUGCUGCUGGCGGCGCUGGGCUGCGCGCUGCCCUUCCUGCUCACCGCCUUCUGCUACGGCGCCGUGGCCCGCGUGGUUUUUCGCAACCCUCACCUCAGCCCGCUGGAAAAACGCAGGAUCGGGGUGCUGGUGGGGGCCAGCGUGGCUCUUUACGCCUUUUCCUACCUGCCCUACCACGUCUUCCGCAACCUCAACCUGUGGAGGCGCCACCUGAGGCCGGCUCUGGAGGAUUGCGGCGUCUCACGUGCCGUCCACGCCGCCGCCCAGCUCGGCAAAAUCCUCGUUAACUUCAACAUCUGCCUGCACCCGCUGCUCUACGCCGCGCUGGCCGACAGCUUCCGCUGCUGCUGCAAGGAGCAGGGGGAGAGCCUGGAGAUGCAGCCCCGGAGCGCGGCGGGAGCACGGAACGGGGGCACGGCCCCGCCGCAGGGCGCCACGAGGCCCCCGGGUGAACGUUUUCCACCCGGAGAGGUGGGGGAGUAAAGGUUAAAUCGUCAGCGUU